AUGGAAGUGGAACAUCUAACAAGAACAGGUUUUGAUCAUGCUCCAAUACUAUGUUCCUUUGGAGAGGCUGAGGUUAAUCCUUUUAAGCCAUUCAAAUAUCUGAAGUUUCAGGUAGAACAUGACAGUUUUAUAGAUAUAGUGAGAAAUAAUUGCCCUAUCUGGUAUGAAGUUGAUCCUUUCAUUAGCUUUAAGGAAAAACUGAAGGAGCUUAAAGUCAAUAGAGGUAUUUUGCAGAAAGCUCAGGCUGAACAUAAGAAAUACUUGGACUAUGAAGAGGAGUUUUGGUGUCAAAAGGCUAAUCUAGAUUGGUUCAGUGAGGGCAAUAGAAAUACAAGGUUCUUCCACAAUCUUUUUAAAGGAAGAAGAAAAAAGCUACAAAUCAAAAGAAUACAAAAUGUAGAUGAGGUAUGGUUAGAGGAGGAAUUAAUGAUGGCUAAUGAAGCAGUGGAAUUCUAUCAGAAACAGUUCACUCAAGAAGAGGUUUCCUCUAGUGAUGAUAUGUUAUCCUUUAUCCCACAGUUGAUUAAUCAAGAACGAAACAGUGUGUUAUGCAGAAUGCCUACUUUAGAGGAGGUAAAGAAGGUUGUAUUCAAUCUAAAUGGUGAUAGUGCUAGUGGACCUGAUGGAUUUUCUGAGAUCUUUUAUAAGGCAUGCUUGAAUAUUUUUGGCACAAAUGUAUUCAAGAUGGUCAUAUCUUUCUUUGAGGGGCAGACUCUUCCUAAGUCCAUCACAGAAACUAAUCUUGUUUUACUUCCCAAGAAGGAGAUGGUGGCUAACAACUGGUAUUCAGUGUUGUUUAAUAGUCAAUCAUCUGGUUUCCUCCAUUAUGAGGGAUAUGGAGUACCAAAGUGGAGUCAUAAUCUGAACCAUUUAUCAUAUUUUGAUGACACUAUCAUCUUUGCAUCAGCACACAUGGAGUCUCUAGGCAAGAUUAUAAAGAUUUUACAAGGAUAUGAAGCUGCUUCAGGCUAA